AGAAAUGGAGAAGAAGAAGAAGAAGCGAUUGGAAGGAAUAUGGGAUGUGAAACAUAUGUUUGAAAGCAGUCUCAUCAUCUUCUUCAUAAUAGGAGCACUGGCCACCACAGCUGUUUAUUAUGUCAACAGCGAUGAACAAGAAACGAGUCCUCCCCCACUGGUUCACAAUGCUGUUAAUUAUGAUUCAUUGGAUGGAUGUGAUUUGUUCUCCGGCAAAUGGGUUUAUGAUAACAACUCUUAUCCUCUCUACCAAGAACUCCAAUGCCCUUAUAUUCCUGGUGAGUUUGCUUGUGAACAACAUGGAAGAAUCAAUUCCAACUAUCAACAAUGGAGAUGGCAACCCCAUGCUUGCAACCUUCCAAGGUUUGAUGCUAGAGAAGUUCUGGAGAGGUUGAGGGGUAAAAGAGUAAUUUUCGUUGGGGAUUCAGUGAAUAGAAACCAGUGGAUCUCUAUGGUUUGCAUGCUGCAAACAGUCAUCCCCAUUGGACUGAAGAAGAUGCAGAAAGUUGCUAAUGCCUCCUUGUUCAGCUUCAAGGCAUUUGAAUACGAUGUCUCGAUCGAUUUUUAUUGGGCUCCGUUGUUGGUGGAAUCUAAUGCUGACCAUCCAGCAAAACAUAAAAGAAAUGAGCGUGUAGUUCAUGUCCAAUCUAUAGAGAACCACGCUAAAAAUUGGGUUAAUGCAGAUGUACUAGUUUUUAACUCGUACCUUUGGUGGGGGACGCCUACAUUGAAAAUUUUGUAUGGAUCAUCUGAAGAUGCAAAAGAGUCUAACAUAGUCAGCAACCAUCGUGGUUAUAGGAUGGUUCUAAAAAUCUGGUCAAACUGGUUACGCACUCAUAUCAAUCAUACUAGGACUCGAUCAUAUUUCAUGAGUAUGACUGCUACUCACAAAAGAGGAGCAGAUUGGGGCAAGGAAGGAAAUGCGAAUUGCUUGAAUGAAACAGAGCCAAUAAUGAAAGAUGGAUUUUGGGAAAGUGGGUCUGAUAUGAAAAUGAUGAGAAUACUGGAAUUGUCAUUAAAUAAACUAAAAGCAAAGGGGGUGAAUGUGCAAAUGAUGAAUAUAACACAAUUAACGCAAUACAGGAAAGAUGCACACCCUUCUAUUCAUAGGUUGUUUUAUUCUGCUCUCAAAGCAAAACAACUAUCCAAUCCCUUAAAUUAUGCAGACUGUACACAUUGGUGUCUUCCCGGUGUUCCAGAUAUUUGGAACGAGCUACUUUUGACGUAUAUUCUUAGAGGAGUUAAAUAAUUUAAACCUCUUUAGACAAAUUAUAGUACAUACCAAAACUUAUUGAUGUUGGAUAUUUAUUAUCAUGAAAUGCACAUUUCAUUCU